CCCAGAUCGUCUGUGUAUACAUUCGUCCUGACACGCUUCGGGGAGAAAAAUCUUCGAAUGAUUGCUUCGGGGAAGCCGAAUCGGUGGUGAUUCGCGCGUGUCUAUUGCUGUUGUGUGUAUUGUGGCACACCAAUAUCGUUGGUGGGGCUGUGUAAAAUUUGACCACACGAGUGCUAAUUAGAUGUAAUCAGUUUCGCGCGAGUAAUCUUCGUGAGAUGACGAUUUAUGUGGGUCUUUCGAUAGCGCUGGCGGUGAUCAUCGCUGGACAGGCGGCGGACAUAGGAGAGUCGUGCACCGAUGGUGCAGGUAUCGUGGGAAAAUGCAAAAUUCUAAGCGGAUGCAAAUCGAUCGUAAAUCUUCUAUUGCGGGGAAAUUUCACUGAAAAUGAGAGGAAUUAUAUCAAGAAAUCGGACUGCGGCAUGGUCGACGGCUCAAGAACGGUCUGCUGCCCCUUGCCUCAGAAAUCCGAGAAACGAAUUGAUACCGCACUGCUUCCAGCAGUGAAAGAUUGCGGACGAACUUCCGCAAGCCGCAUCGUUGGCGGGGCAAUCGCAGAUCUCGAUGAUUACCCGUGGUUAGCUAGGAUUCAGUACAACAAGCCCAACAACCGCCUUGGCUUCCAUUGUGGUGGAGUCCUCAUCAACGAUCGCUACGUCCUAACGGCAGCUCACUGUAUCCAAAGUGUUCCGGCUUCCUGGACAGUCUACAAGGUGCGGCUAGGCGAUUACGAUUCCGAGUCGGAUGAGGAGUGCAGCGCGCACGACCCAAACGAUUGUGUCAAUUCGGUUCAGGAUAUUCUCGUGGCAUCGGUCUAUGUUCACGAGGACUACUUCCAGGAGAACGGAGCGGACUAUAACGACAUCGCUCUAAUUCGACUGGUCAAGCCGGUGAAUUACACUGAGUACAUUCAGCCAAUCUGUUUGCCAACGACUGCAGAGCUAAGGAAUAUGAACGUCGAUGGAUUGCAAAUGACCGUCGCUGGCUGGGGACAGACAGAAACAAGGUCGGCCAGCCGAUAUAAAAUGUACCUCAAUGUGCCAGCCUGGAACAAUACUCGUUGCGGAGGAGCGUUCGAAGGGGUUAACGUUGACAUAAUCGAUUCACAACUCUGCGCCGGUGGGGAAGUGGGCAAGGAUUCGUGUCGAGGCGACUCGGGAGGUCCGCUGAUGAAGGUCGAAAAGAUUGGUGGGGUAUCGGCGUGGUUUUUGAAGGGUAUUGUUAGUUUUGGUACGGAUAAGUGCGGAACAGAAAAUAUUCCCGGGGUGUAUACUAGAAUUAGUAAAUACAUGGACUGGAUACAAGAGAAUAUAGAAGAUUAGACUCAGCAAUGCAA